GUUUUUCUGUAGCCCAGGUGGCCGGUGACUUGUAGAGAUGGACUUGGGUAAAGGGACCUUCAAACUCAAUCUGCUCAUCCCUUGUUUUCCCCAAACCAGGAUUUCCCAUUCCCAACCCCUGGGAGGCUGCGAGGAAGAGGAAGAUGCCCCGGGACACUGAGGCAGAGCAGGAGCUGAGCAUGGAGAGCAGGGAGGACAAAUGCCCGCGGCAGAACCUGGUGGAAGAGGCCGUUUUGAGCGGCUCCACGGCGCAGGAAGCCAACGGGGAGGAAAAGGCCCGGAGAUGCCGCACGAGGAGGGGCUGCAAACGCAGAUGGCGGGGAUGUGAGGGGGAAAGAGCCAGCCUGGGCCGGGAAGGCGGCCGGAGAUGGAGCCAGAGCUCGGAGCUGGUGCUCCAUGAGCAGCUCCAUGAUGGGGAGAAGCCCCACACGUGUGGGGAGUGUGGGAAGAGCUUCAGGUGGAACUCCGACCUGAUUGUGCACCAGAGGUCCCACACUGGGGAAUGGCCCUACGAGUGUGGGGAGUGUGGGAAGAGCUUCAGCCAGAGCUCCAGCCUGAUCAGGCACCAGAGGAUCCACACUGGGGAGAAGGCCUAUGAAUGUGGCGAGUGUGGGAAGAGCUUCAGACAGAGCUCCAACCUCAUCCAGCACCAGGUGGUCCACACUGGGGAACGGCCCUAUGAGUGUGAUCAAGUGCAGGAAGAGGUUUCAGACCAGCUCUGAUCUCCUCAAGCACCAGCGCACACACACGGAGGAGAGGCCCUUCUGCUGCCCUGACUGCGGGCAGGGCUUCAGGCAGAACUCCCAUCUUGUCAGGCACCAACUCAUCCACACUGGGGAGAGGCCCCACAAGUGUGGGGAGUGUGGGAAGAGCUUCAGCCAGAGCUCCAGCCUGAUCAAGCACCAGAGGACCCACACUGGGGAGCGGCCCUACGAGUGUGAUAAAUGCAGGAAGAGGUUUCAGACCAGCUCCAGUCUCUUCCAGCACUAUCGGAUUCACAGAGAGGAGAGGCCCUUCCAAUGCCCCGACUGCGGGAAGGGAUUCAAGCACAACUCCACCGUCAUCACCCACAGGUGAAUCUACACUGGGGAGAGGCCCUAUGAGUGUCCCCAGUGUGGGAAGAGCUUCUACAGAGCUCUAACUUGACCAAACACCAAUGGAGGCACCGGUAAGGGAAGCCCUGUGAGUGCCCCGAGUGCGGGAAGAGCUUGGUGCGCUGCUCCAGCUCCAUCCCCCACUGGAGGAGGCACUUUGGGCACAGCCCUGGUGAGCCACAUUCCCUGUGAUCCAUGUUGGGAACACACCUGGCUGCUUCUCCUUUUGGUUUGGCCUUAAUUUUUUUUCUCUUCUCCGUCUCUCUGCAGUCCAAAAGCAAACAGGGAUAGAUCUGUCACUUCAGAACCACUCA